AUUUCUCCCCUCAGCCGCACUGAGACUCGGUUUGAUCCAGCAGGCACUGAAAUAUCCCGACAGAUAAUAACAAAUGUUGAAUUAGAUGUGAAAUCCAACUUAUUUUGGUGCAGGAUCUGGUAGUUGUACCUGUAUUACAGUAGGUUUAGCUGUAAGGAAUAUGAAGAGGAGAAAUGCCGAUUGUAAGCUUCGGAGGCCGUUAAAGAAAACAAAAGUAACGGAUGGAAUUUGGGGAAGUUCUUUGCUGUACUUGAAGUUCCUGGUGCUAUGGGCCCUUGUGCUCCUUGCAGACUUCCUCCUUGAAUUCAGAUUUGAAUAUCUGUGGCCAUUCUACCUGCUCCUUCGCAGUGUUUAUGAUUCAUUCAAGUAUCAGGGCCUGGCCUUCUCAGUGUUUUUCAUCUGUAUAGCACUGACUUCAGACAUGAUUUGUUUGUUUUUCAUUCCUGUACAUUGGUUAUUCUUUGCUGCAAGUACAUAUGUGUGGGUGCAAUAUGUUUGGCACACAGAAAAAGGCCUUUGUCUGCCUACAUGCAUCCUGUGGAUGGUAUUUGUAUAUAUGGAAGUAGCGGUGAGACUUCGAGAUGUACGUCACAUGCCUUUCCACUUAGACCUCUGUAGACCCUUUGCUGCUCAUUGCAUCGGGUACCCUGUUGUAACUUUAGGAUUUGGAUUCAAAAGUUAUAUUGGCUACAGAAUGAGACAAAGAAAGCAAAAAGAUGUAGCUAAAGAGAAUGAAUUUUAUAUGCAGCUGUUAAGACAGGCCUUGCCUCCUGAAUUACAACAGCCUCCACCAGCUCCGCAACCACAACAGCAACCACAGCCACCUCAACAAAACCAACAGUUAACUCCAGAUAAGAGCAAAGGCGAAAGUAAUGGUGUAGUUCAUCAGAUAAGUAUCACAAGUUCACCUCCAGUACCUAAAAAGGAACACAAAAAGCAUUCAGAGAAAGCAGAACGAGAAAAAGACAAAGACAAAACUCUGCAUCAAGCUACUGAAAGUACCGCAGAGAAAUGUUCUUACAAAUACUCCCAUUCAAAUGGAUCUUUACUUCAUUCUGACAUUGAAAUCAUUGAAAGAAUCGGGUCUGUUAAUGAUUUUGAUGAAAAUGAGGAACAUGAUAAAAGUGUCAAAGGCUCUCAUAAUAUGAAGUCACAUGGAUCUGGUAGCCGGUGGAACAGCACUCAAGUGAAGGAAAAUUCAGUAAAUACUCAACGCGAGCGUCGAAACAAAGCAAACCGAGACACAUCUGAUAGCUCAAGUAAUAGUUCGUCCAAGGAUGAUUACUACCAGCGACUGGAAGCAGAUGUUAAAAGACUCAAGAUUGAUCUUCAGUCAAGCCGCCAAACAGAACAAGAUUUACGGAGUCAGAUCACUACACAUCAGCUUGCUGAGAAAAGCAUCCGAUGUGAACUGGCUCAAUGUCAAAAAGAUAAUGAAGAACUUCAGGCUAAGCUACAUGUUCUCGUGUCAGCCCGUCAAUCAGACAAGCAAGCAGUAGCCCAAAAUGAGAAGCGAUUGGCAGAAGAACGUCGCCUACGCACUAAUGCUGAAUCUCAACUUGCUGCUGAGCGCAAGGCCAAAAAAGCAGAAGACGCUGCAACGGCCAGAGCAGUUGCCAUAGCAGCAGCUGCUGCAGCAUCUGCAGCAAACAAGUCUGAAUGUACUGAAUCAUGCAAACUGCGCCGACGUGAGCUUGAUGCCGAAAACAAACAGCUCCAGAGAGAGAUUAAAUCAAAAGAGGAUCGCAUUGCAACUAUUGAAAGAGAAAUUGUUACAUUGCGUCAAUUCAAGGAGAGCCAAGCUGACACUGAAAUUUUACUGUCAGCAUUCUCUGCUAUGCAAGAGAAGAAUGCUCAUUUAGAAAACAGCUUGAGUGCCGAAACUCGAAUUAAAUUGGACCUCUUCUCUGCUCUGGGAGAAGCUAAAAGACAAUUGGAAAUUCGUGAUGCUUUACUCCGACAGCAAGAGCGAGAAGUUGAUGAGUUGAACAGUAAAAUGGCGCAAGUCUUGGCUGUGAUGCCAACCGACUCCUUCGGCCCAUUAUCCACUGGAGCUACGUCAAAACUUCUCUUAACAGAACCUGGCAUGUCCACAUUGUCCAACUUGGAUCCAAAUGCAACUGCUUAUACACCAAAAGGAUCAAACAGAACUACAUCUACUGAAGCUUGAUACCCUGGUUGAUGCCAACAUCCUGCUCCCAAUGGGUCGGGGUAACUGUCGACUAUAAUAUUUACUUAUUUAUCUUAGAGCCUGUAUCUGAACUUAAUACCAAGCUAUGAAUUGAAAUUUGGAGUCUACUAUGGAAUGAAAAGAAAGUUGUUGAUUUGUAAUUAGUCAUCCAUUGAAAUUUAAUUGAGAUUCUGGUUUCUGGUAAGUGCUUAUUUUCAUUAAUAAAUGCUUACAGGAGGGACCCACUUGUGUUUGUGAAGAUACUUAAAGUUGUGAAUUUAGCCAGUGUGUUCAUAUGGGGUGUCCUGCAUCAUCCUUCUUGUUCUCUCCUUGUCACUUUUCUCUUUAAUAAUUUCUGUAGUCUUGGGUCCUACCUAGCUAAAUGUGCUUUGCACAUAGUUGCUAGAUGGUUCUAUCAAUUCGUUAGAUUACUUCAACUAUAGUCAAUAAUUGUUUUAAACAAUUCAGUGCUCUUUAAUACUUGCUUUCUUUUAAAUAUUGUGUGUAGAAGCUGAAUGUAGAAUUAAUAAACAAAUCCUGCUACUGUGGGUAUCUAUACUUUAUUUCUUUAAAGGUGACCUAGAAAGGUCUUUUCUUUGAUUUGGCAUGCCUAUGAUUUAGUUCUUGUGUUUUGAUCAAUAAUGUUAAGUGACAAAGAGAAACAAGAGCCUUAUGUGGGCUUGCACAUAGCAUUUGUUCUGUAUUCGGAGUUACUAAUGUUAGCAAAUGCAAUGCAUUGUAUGUCCUGCAUUUUACAUAAACCGAAACUGAGAUGAAUCGAACGUAGUGUAAGAUGGUGGGAAGGCUUGGUAUUGUUCAGGAUGUAAAAUUUAAUUUAUUUAGUUUCGGGAACCCUGUAAUUAUGGUGUUAUCUAGACAUUUGCCGUAAUAGCUUUUUAUUUAAAAGCAGGAUACUAGUCAUUUUAAUAAUUUAGAUUGAAUUUGUACAGGUCUUGUAGACUCACGGAAAUUGGCACUUAAUUGUACUCUUACAAAAGUUUUUCAUUUAUUUUCUGUUCUCAAAACUGAAUGGUUAUACGUUGAGCAGUUGUUUCAGAUGUGAACUUUGUUGUGGCUGUGUCCUUCUAAGGUGAUCAUGUUUCAUGUUACUUGUUACAUGCUACUUACUCUGUCAAUAGUCUUCUGUGCAACUGUUAAAAAGUUUUGUCCCCUCCAAACCUUUUAACAUCAUAAAAAUUUUAUUGCAUUAUAAGUUAGUUUCUAGACUAAUAACACUCAUGCCAACAGGAGGGGCUUAUUUGUUCCUUGGAUUUUUUUUGUGUAGGUUUUAAUGAAACUAACUGUUUUCAUUGUUUGUAAAAAUGAUUUUAGAGUUGUUUCUCAACAAAAUUCAUUAGUAAUGAGGAGACUCGUUUUUUCUGUUUCCAUUGUUUCAUAAUGAAUUUAUAAUGAGCUGUCAAAGCGUUCAAUCAUGCUUCCAUAUGUCCUAACAUUUCAAAUAUUUAUUUAUUUUAUUUUGUUUUCCUAGCUCUCUGUUGUGUGUUUAGGAGAGUUCUGCAGUAGAUUGACCUUUUGCUACAAAGAUUGAAGUUUUAUUUGCCAUUAUUGUCCAAAGUAUGGUCAAAGAUGUGGAAUUGAUCAAAGCACAAGGUUUUUCUUAGACAUCAUGAUAGAAUAUUAUGUACAUGUAUAAUCAUGUUUAGUCUUGACUGCUGAGGAUCCCAGUGGAUUUAAUUUUGAAUCGACAGAAUGUUAAGCCUUCUUUUCCCCAGCCCAGCCAUUUGACUUUUUUUUCGUCCCAAGGUAAUUUGCCUUUGUACAAGUUCCAAUGCAUCUUCCUCUUUUGUGCAAUGCUUCCUUUGAAUUUUCUGAGGCACAAAGAUUCUAGACUGCAGUUUUUAUUACUUAACUCUCAGAGGUCUUCCGUGCAAUAUCUCUUAUAGAAUUAUCUCCCGAUUUGACAGUAUGGCAAAAAAGCAAAAUGAAUUACAAAACCUGUUAAUGUAGUACAAAUUUUGAAGGCAUGUAAAUUUUACCUGUUUUUGACACAUGGGCUGUGAUUUAAAAGAGACAGCCAAUUAUUAUUGUAAUCAGCUGAAGAAAUUGUGCGCCUUCUCUUUAAGAUGCACAACACUCGGGUUUGGGUUAAGUUUUCAAAUGUUUCCUCUGCUGUCUUGUGUCAUUUAGGGUUGUAUUACGUUCUUGAUAUUAUGCAGCAUGAAAAUAGCACAAUUUGGUGACUUACAACUUGCCUGCCUUAUCACAAAAUAUGUAGACCUUAUUUAUUUCUGGAUCAAUGUAAGAUGCGACUGAAUUGUGGAUGUGCUAUAUUUUUCACAUACAUAAUGAUUGUUCAAUGAAGAAUCUCGCACAAUACUGAUUAUAGUCCAACAGUAAUCCAGAUUGCGUGCAAGACUGACAUUUCUUUUUGUGUUUGUGGAGGUUGAUUUUUAACACAACUUGUACAUUGCAACUAAACUUAAUUCAGCAACCAUUUUAUGUCUUGUUUUGUGUCUAAUACCUGUUUUCAUGCUACUAGCUCUUUACCCCUCCCUUUGUGAAGAAACUUAGAAAUGAAAUAUGCCUAGUUUGGCUCAUUUCUAAUGCAGUGGUCAACAUGGCUAAUGUAAUAUAUGAUAAUAUGUAGUCAAAAUUCCUCUUGGGAUUUUGUCCUCUGCUUGUGUGUACACAGCAGAUCUGUGCGAGGUUAGAAUAUAAUGUAGAAUUUCUUUCUUACUGCACUUAAACUGAUAUGCAAAUGAAAGAAAAUUUUGCAGUACAGACGAUAAUUGUAACUUAUUUCAGGGCACAUCGUUUCAUAAUACUGACACAUAGUUACUUUAUGUGCCUCAAGUUGAAGUAUUUAAGAGUUUUCUUGACUCUUACUCUUGUCUUCAAUGAAUUGUGAUUUUCAUUUGCUUAUGACGGAUGAUGUUACUUGUAGUUCACACAAUUUUCACAUUAUUUUAUUUAUUUGUUUCAUUGUGAUUGCUGUUUAGUGAGCCCUUUUGGCUUAGGAACGGUUUUCCAGGUAUAUGUUAAUCUUUCCUUUUUGUUUUUCUUUCUUAUUUCUCUCUUCAUCGGAUAUUUGUCUAGCUGAAGUGUUAUCUUGACACAAGUCAAAAUGGCUUAACAAAAGUAACAGUUUUGCGCUUUUUCUCAAUUCUAUGCAUCAGGUAUGAUCUCAGUUUUUGUUUUUGCAGUAUGCAGUGUUUUGAAUAAUUGGGUCUUGUCUUCUGAAGUGUCCUUUUUGUUGAGCCUGGAGACAUUAAUUCAACUGCUCUUAAGAGUCCUAAUAAACUAAGAAAUUUCCAUUAA